GCUCCUAAUUCAAUACCCACAAAAGACAUGCAUACAACGCUAGAGCUAGGAAAAAUUGAUUUAGGGUUUUAUGGAGCUUCUCGAGGAUGCCAAAAAUCACGCUGAUUGCGGUCACAGGAUCGAAUCCCUUAAGCGUUUGAAGGACAUUUUCCUGCAAAAUGACAGCGAUCCGGCACUGCUAAACCAGUUUCUGUCCAACUUGACGGAUCUGCAGACGGCGCCGUUCAUCCCGGUGAGAAAAUACCUUGCGGUAAUGAUACAGCAAAUCGGAUCAAAAGACUUGGAAACUUUGUCUCAGAUUUUUCCUGCUUUAUUGCCGUUAUUAAACGAUGAGGCGCCGACUGUUGUUCGUCAGUGCAUCAGUAGCGGAACAGUUCUGUUUCGGAGGGCUUUAGACUUAAAAAAUGUUGAAGCGGACAAAUGGCUGAAGAAUUUAUGGCCUUGGAUGGUGAAAUUCAAGGACGCAGUUUACGGCUUCGCCUUCUGGCAGGGUAUUUCAGGCGGAGUUAAACUCGCAGCGAUGAAGUUCGUCGAAAUAGUAGUUCUAGAUUUCACGCAGGAUUCCGGCAAUAAUUUGAGCGUUUUAGGGCCAGCGGGAGGUCACAUGGAAGAGGGCGGCAAGAACCUAGGGCUUAUGCUGGAGCAAUUUGAUGUGCCUUCUUCACCUUCUUCUCUGAUAAUCGUCCUCAUCAACUGUGUUGCAGAGAUCGCAGCGGAAAGGCCAGGGUUUUGCUGUCGUAUUUUGACGGCUUUGCUGGGGUUAGACCCUGCACGCUACGGUCACAUGGCUAGCGUUCGGCACGCGCUAAAGACUGCGUUGCUUGAGCUUUUGAGGUGCGCUCACUGGGGGGCACUGCCCUGGCGUGACCGCCUGCUAGAGUUUCUGCACGCAUUAAAUGCCGGGGAAGCUGCGACUCAAGCGCUUCGCAGAGCUGACCGCGCGCUUAAAAAACUGAAAGCGGAGCGGGCAAAUCGUCCUAGGGAUCUACGUGGCAUUGACAGUGAUGGCGUGGAUGGAGUGCUGCCAGGUCUGCAGAAUUUAAAGGUCCAGCAGCAGCCCGGAUGCCAGCUGGACGAAUUGUCUUCUAACGUGGACCAGAUUAAGGGUUCGUCCGAUGGAAUAUCAGCACACGUGGACAGGACAAAGAGUUCUUACGAGGGUGAUGGAGUAGCGUUGUUACAGGUGGACAGAGAAAUUUGUUGUCCAGUUCAGCAAGCGAUUGGCGGGAUAGCUGCCCUGCUGGCACAAGGACAUAAAAGCGGGGAGUCAAUAGAGAGAUUGGUGCGGAAGAUGGAUCCGGGUUUGCUUGCUGACGUGGUCAUAUCUAACAUGCAAAAUCUGCCUUGUAUACGUUGAUAAUAACUAAUCUCCGACGGCACCGUUUAGGUAAUAAAUGAUGCUGUGGUGGAUAUUCUCCUAUCACACCUGAUGAAGGGAAGGAUAUGUAAGAGAUAAUUGAAGAUCAAACUGUAGAAGAGCUGAGCAAGCGUAAGGGAUGACAUUAGCGGAGCAGUCAAGCGACACUACCAAUGUCUAACUUCAGUGGGCAUUGAAUUUGCAAAUACCGCCAUGACAUGCAAUGAUUGUGGUUUGGUUUAGAUCCACAUUUCCUGCAUCAUAGCUCUAGUUAUCUCUUCUAUAGGUCAAUCAUUCGCCUCUUCUUCUGGGCGUGAUUUGUGUUGUCUAUUAUAGUUAAUUUCUUUUUAAUAAGAAACUCUUCUUCUUCUCAGGGUUAGCUAGCCAGAAGAAAGAAGAAUUGGACAGAGGAUUUUUGAUAAUCAUUCUUGACUUUCUUUUUCAUAUUAAAACUAUGUAAUCACUUUCAGAAAGCAAUGAAUAAAGUUAUGUUAUUUUGAUA